AAAAAAAGAGAUUGUUUGUUUAAUCUUCUGUACGAAUAUUGUAGAUUCAAAUCUCAUUUCAACAGUAUUUCAUCUCAAAUAACAAGAAAACUGCAGUAAUUAGAGAUUUUCAGUUUCUUCCUUCUUCUUCUUCGAAAGCGUCUGCGUGUGCCAUGUUCAAAAGAAGUUUUUCUCAGCAUUCUUCCACAACAAGCAUCUUCAUGAAGCUAAUCAGCGAUUUUAUGAAGCCGCAUAGAGGGCUUGGAAGCUGCUCUUUCUUCACAUCUCGAGCAGCAUCAUAUCUGCAAAAUGCCUGUGAGGCAACUUUUGAUUCUGAAAGAAGUGAAGAUGAAUAUGCUGAUGUGGAAUGGGACAAGCUCAGUUUUGGUUUAGUCGAAACAGAUUACAUGUACAUUAUGAAAUGUUCUCAGGAUGAUGAAUUCUCCCAUGGCCACCUUAAUAAAUAUGGCAACAUUGAGCUCAGCCCAUCUGCUGGAGUUCUGAAUUAUGCACAGGGUUUAUUUGAAGGAAUGAAAGCGUAUAGGAAGGUGAAUGGCAAUGGUUUUCUGAUAUUUAGACCAGAGGAGAAUGCUCGGAGAAUGCAGAUGGGUUCUGAUAGAAUGUGUAUGCCAUCUCCUUCUGUUGAACAGUUUGUUCAUGCUGUGAAACAAACGGUCUUAGCUAACAAGCGCUGGGUUCCACCUGCAGGGAAAGGUGCUCUGUAUGUGAGGCCAUUGCUGAUGGGAAGCGGUCCUGUACUGGGUUUGGCACCUGCAUCAGAGUAUAUGUUCUUAGUUUAUGCAGCACCAGUGGGAAACUACUUCAAGGAGGGUUUGGCACCAAUAAAUUUGGUUAUUCAAGAAGAAAACCAUCGUUCAACUCCUGGAGGGACUGGUGCUGUGAAAACAAUAGCCAAUUAUUCACCGGUAUUAAAGGCGCAAAUGCAGGCCAAGAAGAAAGGAUUUACAGAUGUUCUGUUUGUGGAUUCAGUGGAGAACAAGUAUUUGGAAGAAGCUUCUUGUUGCAACAUAUUUAUUCGAAAGAAUAAUGUCAUCUCAACCCCAAUUACUGGCGGAACUAUCCUUCAAGGAAUCACACGUGGCAGCAUCAUAGAAAUUGCUCGUGAAUUGGGUUAUCAGGUUGAAGAAAGGUUGGUUUCAGUGGAGGACUUAAUUGAUGCAGAUGAAGUUUUCUGCACUGGAACUGCUGUAGUAGUAGCUCCAGUGAACAGCAUAACUUAUAAAGGCCAAAGAUACAAAUACAACUGUGGAGAAGAUGUUGUGUCUAGAAAGCUGUACAGAUCCCUGACUGAUAUACAGAUGGGCCUUGUUGAAGACAAGAAAGGAUGGACGGUUCAGAUUGACUGAAAUCUUCAUACUUUGAAUUUAUGUUCAUGAAUAAAAAUAAAAUAAAAUAAAAAUUGCAGAUAAAGAUUACAGAGUUUACAAUCUCUGUUUGUCAUUUUACCGG